AUGUUUGUGUCCAUGCUUACAUGGAUUGUAGAAAUACUUUUCUUUGUCUGGACAAUUGCUUACAAUUUUGUCCCUGGUGGAUUGUACACUCGAGAGCACACCGAAUAUCUCAUUGCUUUUAUUUCUGUCAUGUUACUUCUUGGAUAUUUUGUUGGUGGCAGCUCAGAGUGUGGUAAUUCGUCUGUUGCAUAUGUUGACCUAAAAGUUGGUGACUACAGCAAACUGGCAAAGAAAGUAUUAUUCAUCAUUACUUGUGUUGGUCUCUUGGGGUUCGGGAAUUUGAUUCUUUCCAAAUACCCAAUAGUCAAAUCUGUACAUCAUUUGCUGCCCUCUCCACAUGGUGAACUGGCUCCAGCAAUAACAGCUACAGUAAAUGUAAGCGGCUCUUUGGUAGAUUUCGUUGUUACUCACAUGGGAAAUCACAGAGAUGAUGAAGACAGGAAACAGCAAGCCAAGUUCUUGUCCAAAGAAUUGAGAAAAUGUCAGCCCCUUCUCCAACAUUCAUUACGUGUAAAACGCAAAGAAUCAAUGUAUCCAUUGAAAUUAAACUUCUUUUCUUUUUUUUUCCCUUUUUUAUUUCAUGCCCAUCUUGUAUGA